AUGGAGAAGGUGAACAUCGAGCCAUGUGUGAAGAUGGACACCCAAACCCUUGAUCUUCUCAAGAUAAGAGAUGAUGUCACAUGGUACAUAAGGAAGCUAGGCUUGAGCAAGCUCUUCAAGCUAGAAUGUAGUGAGUACUCACAACUCACCAAGGAGUUCCUCUCCACAGUAGCUCUUGCCUUUCCCAACCACAAUGGAGACCAACCAGCUGCACAUGACUUCAAGGAGAACUCAAAGAGGAAACAAGCUGCCUUUGCUGAUUGGACACACUUUGCCAAUGAACCAUUCUUGCCUUCAAGGUCAAAGGUGUCUAGAAUCACCCAUCCAGCCAUUCGCUAUGUGCACCGCCUCAUCUCCACCACUUUCCAAUGCAAACAAGAAGCCAACAAGGUCACAACUGAUGAGUUCUACAUCCUCACCACACCAUUCAUCAAGCAUGAGUACAAGGCCAACCUUGGACUUUUACUUGCCAAGACAUUUAUCAAUGUGAGGAAGCUAGCUCAAGACUUGGAAGGCAACAAGAAGCUUUGUGUUCGUUUUGGGAGGCUUAUCACGGCCAUAGUACUGCAUGUGGGGAUUGACAUUCCCAACUAUGAGCCACUACCCAAGCCAACCCCUUUGGAUCUCCAUGCUCUUCAGCACAUCCACUUCCUAAACCGUUGGACUAAAGACCCAACUCGGUUUUGCUAUGAGUUUCCAAUUGGUCCAGCCAACACUUCCCUUGUCUUGCUGCCACAUGAAGACAUCCCAAGCCUACGCUCAGGAGUUCAUGCAGUCAAGACUCAACGCCGCAUCCAAGAACGCCAUGUUCUCACUACUGGCAUGGCUGCGCACCAAGCUCUAGACCGUGUUAACAAGCUGGAGAAGAUAGUGGAAUGCCAAUCUCGCUUCAUCUCACGCCUAGUUCGUGUAGUUCGCCACAUUGCACCGGAGAGACUCUUUCGCCCUUCUUCCACCGCUAGAGAGCCAUAUGAGCCUGACCUUGGUGAGUUCUCACUAGACUCAGAGCUUGGUUCAGAAGGCGAUGACCCCAUAGAUGAGGAAGAGAGUUCUUCUCACUGCCACACAUAG